AAUCUUUUCGGUAACAUUUUUGGCGAGCGCAACCGCCCCGAUUCCUCCCACAAUCCGACUCAGAUCACUGGGCCCAGUCCUUCCGAUGAUAUCCGAAUGAAGGCGGCGGCGGCGGCGGCGUCGUCCCCCGACCACCAUCUCCUCCCCUCCUCCUCCAACUUCCGAUGCCCCACCCCGACAACAAAUCCAGCCGCCCCUCCUGCCUCCUCCUCUCCCUCCACCACCACCUUUCCCUCGGCCGCGUCGACCUCGCCGUCGACGCCCUCCCCCUCCUCGCCUGCCGCGGCCUCCGCCCAGAUCUACCCACCCUCGCCCUGCUCCUCAGUCAAUGCCUCCGGUCCGGCUCCCUCCCCCUAGCCCGCCGCGUGCACCUCUUCCUCCGCCUCUCCGGCUUUAAGCGCUCCUACCCCUGGUACACCCCACUCUCCAACCAUCUCCUUGCCUUCCACUUCCUCCGCGGCCGCCCUUCCGACGCCCGCCGCCUCUUCGCCCGCAUGCCUCACCCUAACCUCUUUUCCUUCAAUGCCAUGCUGGCCGGCUAUGCCCGCGUAGGCCUCCUCCGCCACGCCCGCCGCCUCUUCGACCGAAUGCCUCACCGCGAUGUCGUCUCCUGGAACACCAUGAUCAUCGCCCUCGCCCGCGCUGGUUCCUUUCGCGAUGCCGUCGGCCUCUACUCCCAGCUCCGCCACUCCUCCCUCGGCUUCAACCCCCACACCUUCUCCGGCCUCCUCAUCGCCUGCAACCGCCUCCGCGACAUGGGCCUCAUCCGCCAGGUCCACGCACAGGUCUUUCUCCUUGGGUUCUUGUCAAACCUCAUCAUCUCGAGCUCCCUCGUCGACGCCUACGCUAAAUGUGGCUACUUAGACUACGCAAGGAAGCUGUUUGACGAGAUGCCCACGAGAGACGUGCUUGCCUGGACCACGCUUGUCCACGGUUUUGCCAAUUGCGGUGACUUGGUCUCUGCCCGUACGCUGUUCGACGGGAUGCCGGAUAGGAAUCCGGUCUCGUGGACUGCCCUUAUUGGAGGCUACACACGUCAUGGUCAUCCGUUGGAAGCUCUCGACUUGUUCCGGGGAAUGAUGAGCUGGGGCGUUAGGCCUGAUCAAUUCACUUUCAGUAGCAGUCUUUGUGCUUGCGCUGCUAUCGCUUCGCUGAAGCACGGGAAGCAGAUUCAUGCCCGGCUGUUGCGAACCCGUUUCAAUCCCAACGCGAUAGUCCUCAGCUCUCUUAUCGACAUGUACUCCAAAUGUGGGGAUUUGGCGGGAGGCCGAUGGGUUUUUGAUCUUACCGAUCCUGAUACGAGGGACACAGUGUUGUGGAAUACCAUGAUGUCAGCAGUUGGGCAGCAUGGUCUUGGGAGGGAGGCGAUUCGGAUGUUUGAGGAAAUGAUUAGUGCUCUCAUGAAGCCUGAUGCCAAUACCUUCGUGGUCCUCCUCAGUGCUUGCAGUCACUCGGGUCUUGUGGCUGAGGGGCUGCAGCUGUUUAAAUCCAUGGCACAAAGCCAUCACAUUGUGCCUGAAGAAGAUCACUAUGUGUGUCUGGUGGACUUGCUUGGCCGUGCUGGAUGUUUCAAAGAGGUGAUGGAGUGGCUUGGAAAGAUGCCGUUGAGAUCAAGUUGUCGGGCUUGGAAUGCAUUGCUGGGGGCAUGUAGGAUUCAUAGAAAUCUACAGUUAGGAAGGGAGGUGGCAGGGCGCCUUCUCAAGUUGGAGCCUCAUAGUUCUGCGGCAUAUGUGCUUCUUUCAAAUAUCUGUGCUGAUGUUGGGAAUUGGGAAACUGUUGAGAAGGUAAGGCACAUCAUGCAGGAGAAAAAAGUGAGGAAGGAGCGAGCUGCAAGCUGGAUUGAAGUUGAUCAUACUGUCCACUUCUUUGGAGCCUCAGAUCACUUGCACCCCUCGAAAGAAGACAUAUAUGCUGCAUUGGAACAAUUAGUUUCUCAGAUGGAUGAUGAUUCUUCUAUAACGUAGAAGCUUAGCUGCAAAGUAACACUUCAAUUUUGCUAUUACACACCUGAGGUGAUUUUUACCAUUAUUUGCGGAACCCACACUAUUUACAUGCGAACGCUGGUGAAGAGCAAAGUUUUUAGUUUCAGCUGCAGAUGUCAAUCCAUUUCUUUUUGUAUCAAAUUCUUUAGAAAAUCUCUGAUUAUUGGAUUCAGUGAGCCGCUACAGCAUUGUACAAUAGGAAGAUAUAGAUAACCAUUUGUCUUCCUCCAGCAAUGCUGAGUAGAAGUUGCACAUCAAGUGAAUUUGAUGAAGCAAGAGCCCAAGCAGUGUUAAAUUUAAGGCUUAGAGGCGGACAAGAGAUCACUCAUCACUAAUUAUCCUUGCGCUGUCAGAGGAUGUUGAGAAAAUCUCAAAAAAUAAUCCAUUAUUUCCCCACUACAACUGUACAUAUUUUGUUGUAAAAUUUUGUACUUCCGGUGACACCAAGAAUUAUGUGUUGGCUAAUUUAAUUGAUAUUGUACAAUUUAGAUUUAUGCUGAUUUAGAUCUAGCAAUUUUUGUUGUGGCUUGAUAUCCGAAGGUUUGUAAUGACUUAUUGGCCUUAUUAUGGUUCAUAAGUCUGUCAGGGUCUUGGUUUGCACUGUGACAUUAAGUAGCUGAUGUUUAAUCGAACUGGCUGCAUCAUGCAGUGGGAUGUCUUUGAUCCACAAGAAAAGGAAAGAGAAAAAUGGAAAACUGUUGCAAGUU